AUGGAAAUCAAAUCACCCAUAAAUACACAUACAAAUACAAAUCUUCCUUCAACACAAACAGCGCAUUCUGAUAUCCCAAUGGGGGUAGAAAAUCACAAUCACACUCACAAUCACAAUCCUCACACUAACACUGGAACCGAAACCGGAACCGUAAUUGAAAGUCGCAAUGCAGUAAACACAAGCCAUUCGGAGAUUAAUACUCAACCUCCUCCUCCCUCGUACAACGCGCACGCCGAUCAGCAUUCGAGUGAAAAGAGGACUGUGGAGAAUAAUCACCAUGGAGGGAAUGAAAAUGAAACUCCGCCGCAAUUUCAAAUACGGCCGGAUGUGUUGAUGAAUGCGGAUGGGAAUGCGGGUGGAGGAGGGAAUGGGGGAGGAAAAUAUGAAGGUCAAUAUCCGGCGCCUCUCACGUCGCUGCAGAAGGAAUCGAGAUUGGUGAGGUGUCCGAGGUGUGGGGUGUGUGAGUAUACGGGGGUGGAGUGGGUUAGUGGGGGGACUGCGGAUAUCUCAGCUCUCCUUUGCUGUCUUUGUUUCUGUCUUCCGUGCGUACCGUAUCUCAUGACGAGCUUUAAGGAUGUACAUCAUAAGUGUGCAAAUUGUGGAUUCUUGGUUGCGGUUUGGAAAAGAAGUGGAAAGACGGAGGUGAGUGUUGCGGCUAGUGCGGCUGCUGCUUCUGGGAAUGCGGGUGGGGUGGGCGGUGCUGGAGGGAAGUAG